AAGUAAAUACAUAUAUAAGUAUAGAAGUACAUUGGCUUUUACGAGAGAACAUUAUUCUUAAUUAUAUUUAUUAUAUAAUACAUCGUAAUAAGAUUAAAAUAAUAUAGUGCACAUCGUUGUUUGGCCAUUAUGCAAAGAAAAUUUCUGUAUAUUAAGUGGUUUUUAGUGUUGUUAACGAUUGUGCAAAUAAAUGGGAGAACUUCAAAUUUCCAGAAAAUAAAAUACAUGGGCACUUCGCUCGGAAGGGCUGAGGAAGAAAUGCUAGAGAAUAAAGAACAAUAUGAAAAAGAGUUUACAAGAGUUAAAGAGGAGUAUCGACAAUUUGUAAAAAUUUUUAAAAAUGGGAAUAUCAAAUAUUUUGAGUUUGGAAAUAUCAAAGAUUCUAUUCGAGACAUAGUAAAUACAAUUAAAGAAUCUGUAAAAAUAUUGUUAGCGGCCGAAUCUAGUGCACACAAUGAACCUAUUCCAACAACUGAAGAUAUUAUAUACAACAUGCUAUCAAUAGCAGCAUGUACAGCUUGGUUCGCAGAUAUUUAUUAUAAUUUUCCGGAAAUAACUACAGAGAUCUUAGAAGUUCAAAUUGAUUGGCAUAAUGUAUUAAGUAAAGCUGUGAAAUUUACUCAUUCAAUGGAAACUAUUCUGGAUUCCUCUACUGUUGCUCUAAUUUCUGUAGUUAAAAAACAUUUUCACGAAAACAAACAAGAAUUACAAUUCAAAAUAAGAAAAGCUCCAAAACGUAAAAUUUGGACAUAUUAAGAAUGCACGUUUAAAAAUUUCUUUAGUAAUUUUAAUAAAAUAUAUAAUAUUUAUUACACCAAAAAUUUGAAGUCAAAUAAAUUAUUGAAUAAACACG